UGCUCCCUUAAUUACCCUUCAAUUCUUAAUUAGAACAGUUUUCUUGAGCUUCUUUUCCAGCUUCUUUCUUCCUAUCAAAUUCACUCUUUGAUCAAUAUUUUCAAGUUCAGUGAAUUCAGCCGACAAAAAAAAAAAGGAAACUGGAACUACGUACAACUUGGACGAGUUUGUGCUGCUUUCAAUUCAUCCUUCAUUACAUGUCCAAGCUGUAGAAACAGGUCCAAGUGUGAAAAAGUUGCAGAGCUGACAUGGGAAAACCGGCAUGGAGUUGGUGGUAUCCUCUCCAUGUCCCAAACAAAACCAACAUUGGGAAGAGCCGGCGAUACAUUAGAAUCUAUCGUGCAUCAAGCAACAUACCACGGGCAAAUUAAUCAGACUUCAAUUCAAAAUUAUGACCAGAAUCAGAAUCUGAAAAUCGGGAUGUGUGUAGGAAAAUGGGGCGAGAGUUCCCAACAUCAAAUGGCGGCUCCUCCUGGAGGAGCAACAGUGUUGGCUAAAAAGAGGAUGAGAUCAGAAUCUGACCCUAAAUAUGGUGGAAAAUUAGUAGGAGAAGAUGAAUAUGCAGAACUUAGCGCAUGUGCAAGUGCCAGCGCAACGUUCUGUAGGGAGAAUGACACCAAUAUGGUGACAUGGCCUUCAUUUGAUGAAUCUUCUCGUAGUAUUAAAUCCAAAACCAGUUGUGACGAGGAUUCUGCUUGUCAUGAUGGUGGCUCGGAAAACAAGGAGGAAGAACAUGAAACAAAAAGAUCCAACUCAUCAAGACGCAGCCGAGCAGCAGUUGUUCAUAAUCAGUCAGAGCGGAGACGUCGAGAUAGAAUUAACCAAAAGAUGAAAGCUCUGCAGCGGUUGGUACCAAAUGCAAGUAAGACAGAUAAAGCAUCAAUGCUUGAUGAGGUAAUAAACUACUUAAAGCAGCUACAAGCACAAGUUCAGUUGAUGAACAGUGUAAGAAACAUGGCGCCACAAAUGAUGAUGCCGCUCGGAAUGCAUCAACAUAUUCAGAUGUCAUUACUAGCAAGAAUGGGCAUGGGCGUUGGUCUUGGCAUGGGCAUGGGAAUGUUUGACAUGACUGCUUUAGCUCGCGCUGCUGCUGCUGCUGCUCAUCAGUCUCUUACAACGCAUCCCCUCAUUCAUACAAAUCCGAUCGCCAAUCCCACUAAUCCAUUCAUCCCACCAGCCUUUGCCAUGCCUGCAGCACCAGCUAUUCCUUCCGCUGCACAAGCUAAUACUGUCGGCAGGGCGACAACUGCUGUUACACCGCCCCCCUAUAGCGCUUUUCCAACGCAACCAAUGGACAUGGAGUACUUCAACAACAUGGCAGCUUUGUAUCGACAGCAAGCUAAUAAUCACUCUACGCAGACAACAGGCUACAAACUCAACCAGGGAAAUCUCAAUAUCCAAGGUCAAAGGGAAUAGAAUAUGACUGUUUGUGUUAUUUUAUGAUAUAAACUUCUUAUCUCUGGCUAUUAAAUGACAAUAUAUUGCUCAUCGAAUAUCUUUCUAGAGUGACAUGAAUUGAUGUGCAAUUGUAUAAACUUUGUAUUUAGCCCAAUACAAAUGGUUAGUUUAAUGUACGUA